UUUGAGUAUAACAAGUUUAUUUAUGAACACAGCAUGUACAAACGGUCCUUUCUUUAUUGCACUUAAUUAAUCGUCAAAUUCACACUUAGUGGAAUGAAAAAUUUCUGAAUAGCUGACAAUGCAUUUCCAAUAACAGUGACAUGUGAGAUGUUUUGAGUCAUUCCUGGAGCUGCGGCCUGGAGUGUUUGUACAUGCUCCGCUAAACAUAAAUUCCAACCCACAGAAGAAGAAAUAAUACACCAAAACCAGAAAAUAUUGCUGCAACAAGGGCUACAAGAAGUUCCUUGAAAAUGUCUCUCGUGAACUUCGUACUCGUUACCUCGUACACGAAAAACCACGCCGUAAAAAAUAUCCCUAUGCCCAGCAGUACCACUGUUAAGUGGGGAAAUACUGCCGGAUUCACGGGAGAAACAUAGCGUUGCAUUGAAUCAAUAUCAAUCAUUUUUAACGGUGAUCGUAGCGAAUCUUGACUCAAAAUUCGUAGGUGACGCGUCGCCGGUCACCGUUGUAAGAUCUGUUAACGUUCCGAUGUAAAUUUCUUUCGUAAAUCCACAACAUAAAAAAACACUUAAUUCUGAUUUUCGCAACAAAAUAUACUACUGAAUAACAAUUAAUUUGAAGUUACACAUCCACGCUUCAAAAUGAAGUUACACGAUGACGUGUGGGGUCGUGGCGGUGUGGCAGAUAAAUUAGCAACAAACGAAGAUCACUUCAAGUUGGCCAACAUAGCAAAUAAGUUUGAAACAUUGGUAUUGUGGUAUUGGUUUCAUUGGUUCUCUGUGUACGUUAAAUAUAUGACAAGUCUGAAUUUGUUCUACAGAUAAUAGAGUUCACUUAAUGAAUACAAUUGAAAAUGCUAAUAACUGUGAAUUACCAUCAUCUACCAUUGUAUUCUAACCGUAUUCAAUUGACAAAUCAUUGUGAAGUUUUGUUGUUACGAAGUUUCGACGAUUUUCGGCUUUUGUAGUUUAUGCCCAAUUGGUGAAUAUAUUAUAAACGAUAAUUUAUGAUUUAGUAUUCGUAAUUUUCAUGUACUCGAAUGUCAGACCAUUCGUAAAGCAAAUAAUUUCUAAAAAUGUCCAACGAAACAGAGAGAUUAUCUGGUGACAUUCUCCUUGAAUUUUUGGAAAUAGCAAUUCACACUGUUGUUUAUUCAAGAAGACUUUACCCAGACACAAUAUUUGUGAAGAAAAAACUUUAUGGCACACCAGUAUAUUGUUCCAUCCAUCCUGAAGUGAAUUCUUACAUUACUGAAAGCCUCAAAGGAAUUCAGGAACUCAUUAAGAAAAAUGAAGUAAAGAAAGUUUGUGUUGUAUUUUGUGACAAAAACACUCUUCCCAUUGACAAGAUAGUAUUUGAUGUGUUAGCUCUGUAUUCACGUUUAGUUGUUGGUGAUAGUUAUUUUAUUCAUACUGAGGAAUCUCUUAGAGCAGCUUUGUUGAAAAUAUCUCAUACUUGUAGGACCUUAAAGGAAUUACCUGAAGAUGCGUCAUUUUUAAUUCAAGUUCAUACAACAGAAACUGCUUCAUUAACUCUCACAGAUGAUCCAAAUAACCAGGAAGAUUUUCCUUGGGUUGAAGCUGAAAGAAAGUGCACUGAUAUAGUAGAUGGUGAAAUUGUACCUGUGAGAGAGAUUGAUACGGACUAUUUGCAUCUGGAAGUGUAUGCAUUACAAACUGCAAAAAAGAGUACGAAUUGAUCUUCACAGUGAGUUAUUCAUAGUAAAAGUGUGUUGUUGCUUUCACUUUGUUUUUGGCUUCCUUUUUAGUUGCUCUGUGUACUUGAUGUAUUGUUCAGUAGUGUAGUUCAGUUGUUUAGUGGUGGCUUCUUACAAUUGCUCAACCAUUGACUGGAGCAAUGACUGGCAGUGCUAGUAAGCAGCUUUUGGGAGAAAAGGAAUGGACCAUUGAAAAAUGGAGAGUAUUGUGCCCAUAGAAGAAGAAUUUCUGAAGAAUCCAGAACUAAAAUUACAAGAUAUGGAGUCUCUGAGGGAAUGGCUUGCAGAAUGUAAGCCAAAUAUCCCCAAAAUUCCAGAUAGUUUACUUAUCUUAUUCUUACACAGUUGCUAUUACAAUAUGGAGAAAACAAGAAAAUGUAUUACUCGUUUCUAUGAAUUACGAGCAAGUACACCUUAUCACUUCAAUAACAGAGAUGUUACAAGACCUGAACUCCAAACAGCUCUUUCUGUUUUGCGUUUUUGUAUAAUUCCGGAGAGGGAUCCCAAUGGUUAUGUCAUUAUAUUCCAUAAACUAAAAAUAACUGAGCCAUCUGCAUAUGUAUUCAAUGAUGGAGUCAAGUUACUUCAGAUGACAGCAGAUUGUGCUCUUCACUUGCAUGGCACAGUUCCUGGAAUGGUAAUGUUUUUUGAUGCAAGUGGUGUACGCUUGGGGCAUUUGACUCGUGUGUCACUCUUUGCAAUGCGUAAAUUCUUUCAGUAUAUUCAGGAGGCAAAACCUGUGCGACUGAAAGCAAUCCAUGUAGCCAACACUAGCCCUAUUAUUGACAAAAUCCUUACCGUUGUGAGGCCAUUUAUUCAAAAGGAACUUCUUGAUCUGCUGCAUUUUCACACUGAUAAUGCCUCUCUUCAAAAACAUUUGCCGACUACUUGCCUUCCAAUAGAUUAUGGCGGCGUUCUCGAAGACAUUGAUACUUUGCACGACAAACAUGCAAAAUUUCUGGAGGAAAUGUUGCCAAAAUUUCAACAAGAAGAGGAGUAUAGAAAAGGUUGAUUUCUUUACAGUUCUCCAUAAAAUAAAUUGGACUUGAAUAAACUGUAAUAAACAUUCAUCUCUGUUUUGUUCUGUUAGUGUGAAUCGAGUUAUGUUAAAGAUUUUGGUAUAUAAUUAUUUGCAUGUAGAUCUCUGUGUUGUGUAACAUUUUUGUAGUGUUGCUUUACAUUUUAUUUUUGCUAAUUCCAGCUAGGUUUCAGUAAUGAUAAAAAAUUGAAUUAUGAAUAAUGAAUUUGGAAAUAAAGCUAUUUUGUCAGUUCUCUGUUUAUUAAAUGUUGUGUGCCUAAUCCUAUGAAACACAGGUGAUUGGGUAUGAGAUAUGUUGAGCAGUGGUAACUCCUGCUCGGCAAGCAUGGUGAUGUGAUGAAAAUGUUAUGGAUUAAAGAACAUGAAAGUUUUCUAAUCUAGAUCGCACUAUUUAAUUUGUAGUGUUCCAUUAUACGAUGUACACUGUAUAUUCUUAUGAAUUGCCAAUUUUGCAUUACUUACUAUCACAGUCAUAAGCAAAACAAUAAAACAAAAUUUCAUUGAAAUGGACAAUACAAAUGUAAAUAAAUUUUUGUGUAAUUAGAGGCGGAUUUGUCUCUAUUUUCUGGUA